CGAAUCACAUCAGUUCGAGUUCGAGCGUUGAUCGUAAAGGACGUGUACUGUCUUCACGUUCGGUUAUUAGAAAAAAAAAAACGGGUUUUAUGUAGUAGUCUACCAUACCUACUAGUUACAGUAUAGUAUCUGAGAGUUUCAUUCAGUUUUUUGUAUCUACCAAGAAUUUAGGGAGUGAUAGAUAGAUUUUUUUUUUUCAUUUCCAUUCCUUCCUUCAUAUAAAAUUUUUUCCAUCGACUUGUUAUAUUUUUUCGUCGUGAGUGUGGAAAAUCUCAAAUAAACGAAAAGAUAUAAAAAACCAAAAAAGUGAAAUUAUAUAUUUCCAAAAAGGAAACAAAAAGGAUGUAGGCUAUGUGAUUAUUCGAAAUUCAAAUUUUUGGCAAAAAUGUGUAAAAUUUUAAAAUUUGAUUUUUAAAAUUCAAAAUUCCCCCCUAUAACAAAAAAAGAUACAGUGACCAAGAAGUUAAAAUGAAAGAAGUGUUAGAAAAAUGAGUUCUUGUUUAAAGCCUCAUCCUUGAGAUAAAAAAAAUAAUAAAAAAAAAAAAAAUUAAACAAACCUCCUUUUACCUAGGUUGUGUGAGUUUAAUUUAAGAUUUAUAUAAUUUUUAAAUUUUUUGGAUUUAAAACAAAAAAUUGUGAAAACUUAAAAAAAAAAAAAUAAAAAAAAAAAUGGAAAUAUCCUACCAAUCGGUCGCGAUAAUAACUAUCCUAUUAGGACUUCGUGUCGCUACAAUCUCAGCUAGCGAUGGAGGAAGCAUGUACGCUUCGAUUACAGGUUCGCCAAUUCUAUCCGGUAAUCAUUGUUCCUGGGAAUACAAUGGAACCACAUCAGUUACCUGCGAAUUGCGAACGAUCGAACGAACAGGAUUAGAUCUGCAAGGUGCAGAUGGAGCUAAUCAGCUGCUAAUUAAAUGCAGCGAAUUGUACCUGUUUGAAAGUCAGUUGCCCCAAAAUUCAUUUGCAAGGCUUCAGACAUUAGAUGAGCUUAGGCUGGAUGCCUGCAAGCUUUUACAAUUGCCCAAUAAUGCCUUUGAAGGCUUGAGCGCUGUUAAAACAUUGGCAGUCAAUACAAAGAAUGCCGAUUGGGGACCAGCCAAAACACUGGAACUCUUUCCGGAUUCUUUGAUUGGUCUGAAACAAUUGACCGAAUUGGAUUUAAGUGAGAAUAAUAUUCGAGCUUUGCCAGCUGGAUUUUUGUGUCCAGUGGGAAAUCUACAGGUUUUGAAUUUAACCAAAAAUCGUAUUCGAUCGGCUGAAAAUUUGGGCAUUACCGAUAUGAAUUGCAAUGGUGGCAGUGAAUUGCAAAUAUUGGAUGCAAGUUUUAAUGAAUUGCGAUCGAUUUCGGAAAAUUGGGGUAUCUCGAGAUUGAGAAGGUUACAACAUCUUAAUUUGCAACAUAAUAAUAUAUCUGAAUUAUCUGGGGAAGCUUUGGCUGGAUUGAGCUCCCUGAGAAUUGUCAAUUUGAGUAACAAUCACUUGGAGACUUUACCUGAAGGGCUUUUUGCCGGCUCCAAGGAACUUCGUGAGAUCCAUUUGCAAAACAAUGAAUUGUAUGAAUUGCCAAAAGGAUUGUUCCAUCGUUUGGAACAGCUUUUGGUUGUGGAUCUUUCGGGCAAUCAAUUGACGAGCAAUCAUGUGGAUAAUACCACUUUUGCCGGAUUGAUAAGAUUGAUAGUCUUAAAUCUCGCCCACAAUGCUUUAACAAGAAUCGAUUAUCGAACUUUUAAGGAACUUUAUUUCCUGCAAAUUCUGAAUCUUCGAAAUAAUUCGAUUGGACAUAUUGAAGAUAAUGCAUUUUUGCCACUUUACAACUUGCAUACUCUGAAUUUGGCUGAAAAUCGACUUCACACUCUCGAUGAUAAGCUUUUCAAUGGGCUCUAUGUGUUAUCGAAAUUGACUUUGAAUAAUAAUUUAAUCAGUGUUAUCGAACCGAGUGUGUUCAAAAAUUGCUCUGAUUUGAAGGAAUUGGACUUGAGUUCGAAUCAAUUGAAUGAAGUUCCAAGUGCAUUGCAAGAUUUGGCCAUGUUGCGAACCCUUGAUUUGGGUGAAAAUCAAAUACGAACUUUCGAUAACAAUAGUUUUAAAAAUCUUCAUCAACUUACCGGCUUGAGAUUGAUCGAUAAUCAAAUUGGAAAUAUUACUGUGGGAAUGUUUGCUGACUUACCACGCCUGAGUGUUCUGAAUUUGGCUAAAAAUCGUAUCCAAAGCAUUGAAAGAGGUUCGUUUGAUAAAAAUUUCGAAUUGGAAGCAAUCCGAUUGGACCGGAAUUUCCUCUCCGAUAUAAAUGGUGUUUUUGCGACUUUGGUAUCACUUCUCUGGUUAAAUCUGUCAGAGAAUCAUUUAGUUUGGUUCGAUUAUGCAUUCAUCCCGAGCAAUCUAAAAUGGUUAGAUGUCCAUGGAAAUUACAUUGAAGCUUUGGGAAAUUAUUACAAACUCCAGGAGGAAAUUCGUGUAAAAACACUCGAUGCCAGUCAUAAUCGUAUCACAGAAAUCGGUCCAAUGUCGGUUCCAAAUACCAUCGAACUAGUCUUCAUCAAUAACAACCUGAUAAGCAAUGUCCAACCAAAUACAUUUGUCGACAAAACCAAUCUUGCCCGUGUGGAUCUCUAUGCGAAUGCCCUAAAUAAGUUGCAAUUACAAACACUGCGUGUUGCUCCAGUUCCACCAACAAAACCCCUUCCCGAAUUCUAUUUGGGUGGUAAUCCCUUCGAAUGUGAUUGCUCGAUGGAUUGGUUGCAACGCAUCAACAAUUUGACCACCCGCCAGCAUCCGAGGGUAAUGGAUUUGCCCAACAUUGAGUGCAUCAUGCCACAUGCUCGUGGGGCGCCAGUUAGGCCAUUGGCCACCCUCGAUCAGACCGAUUUUCUGUGUAAGUACGAAUCGCAUUGUUUUGCUUUGUGUCAUUGUUGCGAUUUUGAUGCUUGUGAUUGUGAAAUGACUUGUCCGAACAAUUGCACUUGCUAUCAUGACCAAAUUUGGGCACAAAAUGUUGUCGAUUGUGGUGGCAUGAAGAGUGUAGAGUUGCCUAGACGUGUCCCAAUGGAUUCAAGUAUUGUGUAUUUUGAUGGAAAUAAUUUUCCAAUUCUCGAGAGUCAUUCGUUUGUUGGAAGGCGAAAUCUUAAGCAGCUUUUUGUGAAUGGCAGUCAAGUGGUGGGAAUUCAGAAUAGGACUUUUGAGGGGUUAAUGAAUUUGCAGAUAUUGCAUUUGGAGGAUAAUAAAUUGGAAAUAUUAUUUGGAUUUGAAUUUGAACCUUUGACUAAAUUGAAGGAGCUUUAUCUUCAGAAUAACCUGUUGACUCAUAUUGAAAAUACAACUCUAGCUCCUUUAACCUCACUUCAAGUUCUAAGAAUUGAUGGAAAUCGUCUUAUCACGAUUCCUAUUUGGCAACUGCAACUGCCUCAGUUUAAGCAAAUGAGAGCUUUGACACUUGGUAGGAAUCAAUGGACCUGUCGGUGUAAGUUCCUUCAAGAAAUGACUGUCUAUGUGGCUGACAAUGCAGUGAUUGUACAAGAUUCUCAGGAUAUUUAUUGCAUUGCAGAAGGUGGUAUCAAGAGAGAAUUGGACUUUAAUGCUACAUCAGCAUGCACCGAUUACUUUGCAGGAGGCUCAAUGCUUCAAAAUGGUAUUCCGAAACCUUACAUUCCACUUUUGGCUGCUGCCUUGGCUUUGAUAUUCCUUCUUGUGGUUGUAAUCGUCAUAUUUGUUUUCCGAGAGUCUCUCAGAAUUUGGCUAUUCUCUCAUUAUGGUGUACGAGUUUUUGGACCUCGAUGUGAAGAAUCUGAAAAAUUAUACGAUGCUGUUCUCCUUCACUCAGCAAAAGACUCUGAAUUUGUUGCAACUCAUCUGGUCUCAGAGUUAGAAACUGGCCGUCCACCAUUACGCGUCUGUCUACAGCAUCGAGAUCUCACUCAUGAUGCCACACAUUAUCAACUUCUUGAGGCCACAAGAGUUUCCCGGCGAGUUGUAAUCCUUCUGUCCCGAAAUUUCCUUCAAACUGAAUGGUCAAGAUGUGAAUUGCGACGUGCCAUACACGAUGGUCUUCGAGGAAGACCUCACAAACUUGUCAUCAUCGAAGAACCAGAAGUUCUUUUCGAAGCUGAAUCCGAUAUAGAACUCCUGCCAUAUCUCAAAACUACAGCAGUUCAUCGAAUUCGACGAAGUGAUCGUCAUUUCUGGGAAAAACUUCGCUAUGCUCUGCCAGUUGAAUUUCCCUAUCGUGGCAAUAACUACACCUUGGACCAUAAUCAUGAACGAAUCAAGCAGCCUGCCAGUCCUGGCAUUCUCUAUCGUCAGGCUCCACCACCAGCUUACUGUCCCGAUGGUGAAGAUCCCAACUAUUCAUCGGCAACAACUGCAACUCCUAGCCCACGGCCAAGUCGACGUGGGGCGCCAGGUGAAUUAGCCUCCCACGCCAAUACUCUCCACCAUCCACACGCCCUCUAUCAGCAGCAUCAAAAUCAAGCUUACAGCGGUCGUCCGCCAUCGGAACACAUUUACUCGAGCAUCGAUUCGGAUUACUCAACGUUAGACAAUGAGAAUAUGAUGAUGAUGCCGCCACCAUCGCCGCCACAUCCUACUGCCAAUAGUCUCCACCGGGUGAUGCAACAACAACAACAGCAUCACCAGCAACUUCAUCAUAAUCCACAAGCUCAAACAUGGCGGCCACAACAACAGGCACCACAGCAUCAUCAUCAUAAACAGUCAUCGAGUAGUAGUUCCACUUCAACAAUGCCCCAUCAACAACAACAACAGCCCCAACAGUUACAACAACAACAACCCCAACAACAACAACAACAACAAAUACAACAGCCAGGACAACAACAGGGUCAACAUGUGCAAGCUUAUUUGGUAUAGGCUUUGGAAGAGUAUCAUCAACAGCGACAAACCACCGCUGGACGUGUGGCAUACAACAAUUUUAAACUAAACAGCUAAAAGUAGUGUUAAUCUCCCCAACAACAGCCCUCUCAUCAGCAUCGCAGAAGCGCAGUCAUAUACAUAAUAUAAAUAUAUAGAAUAUAGUUGCAGUUUAGCAGCACACUAAAAACAAACAAAGAAAACAAAAAAAAAACUCACACACACUCUCGCUA